GAUAAUGUUAAAAUGUUGUCAAAAAAUAUUUUUAAAAUAUCAUUAUCCUUAUUCAAAAGAACCCAUCACUAAAAUUGAUCAAUAAUUUUUAAGUUUUGUGAAAUAAUAUGGAAAAAGUAUAAACCAGAAAUAACUUUAGCAUGCCAAAACUUCUUUUGCAAAUAAUAUUAUCAAGUAAAGAAUUUUUUUGUUUUCAAAAUACAUACAUUAAUUUCUUAGAAAAAAAUAAAUAAUGUUGACUUUCGUUCCAAUCUGAAAGUCAAACUCCAGAAAUGUGUCCUAUAUAGAAGUCGUAGAAAAUCUUUGACAACAGCGCAGGCAAACUCACCUCUUAAAAACUGUUGUUAAAUUUCAAAAAGAUCACAAAAAUCUCUUGCAACAACAAUGGCAACAGCAACAAGGUACGCAGUUGUCACAGGAGCAAACAAGGGGAUAGGAUUUGGGAUUUGCAAGCAAUUGGUUUCUAAUGGUGUCAUUGUGGUGCUAACAGCAAGGGAUGAAAAAAGGGGUACUGAAGCUGUUGAAAAACUGAAGGAGUUUGGUGUGUCUGACCAAGUGGUGUUUCAUCAGCUUGAUGUGACUGACCCUAAAAGCAUUGAAUCCCUUGCAAAUUUCAUGAAAACCCAUUUUGGGAAACUUGAUAUCCUGGUGAAUAAUGCAGGAAUAAGUGGAAUUAAUGUUGACCAUGAUGCUUUAGCUGCUGCAUGGGAAAAAGUUGACAGUGUUGAUGGGAGAAAAUUUGCACAUGAAAUUUAUGAAUCUACAGAAGCAAGCAUUAGAACAAAUUACUAUGGAGCCAAAUUAAUGUGUGAAGCAUUUAUUCCCCUUCUAGAAUUGUCAGACUCACCAAGGAUUGUUAAUGUUUCCUCCACCAUGGGGAAGUUGGAGGUAUAUGUGACUAAUAUGCAUGAA